AUGGCGGCCAGCGUGGAUGCCAAGCUCCUGAAGCAGACCAAGUUCCCUCCCGAAUUCAGCCGGAAGGUGGACAUGACCAAGGUCAAUAUUGAGGUCAUGAAGAAAUGGAUUGCCGGAAAGAUCUCCGAGAUCCUAGGAAAUGAGGAUGAUGUUGUAAUUGAGCUUUGUUUCAAUCUGCUUGAAGGGUCUCGAUUUCCCGAUGUCAAGUCACUGCAAAUCCAGCUUACGGGUUUCUUGGAUAAGGAUACUGCGAAGUUUUGCAAGGAGCUUUGGUCCCUAUGCCUCAGUGCGCAAGAAAAUCCUCAGGGUGUCCCGAAGGAGCUUUUGGAGGCUAAGAAGCUCGAACUCAUACAGGAGAAGGCAAGUUACAGUAUACCUAGCUGCGCUUCUCACCUACUGACUAUAUUACAGAUUGAAGCCGAAAAAGCGGCCGAAGAAGCUCGUCGGCAGAAGGAACAAGAACGGGUUCGAGAACGAGAACUAGAGGAGCUCAGGCGGAGGGAACGUUCUGAGCGGGGAAGAGGUGGAAGGCGCGGUGGCCGCGGAGGUCGAGACUUUGACAGACGUCGCAGCCGUGAUCGCUUCCAAGACCGGCCGUCACGCCGCGAGUUCGAUUCCUACGUUCCCUCGGGUUCGCGCAGGAACCGUCGCCCUUCUAGGUCACCAAGCCGCUCUCGUUCUCCCUCCGCGUCUCGGUCACCACCCCCUCGUCGCGAACGCCAGCCAAGCAGGGACAGAAACAGGCGCCGCCGAUCGCCUAGCAACUCUGUAUCCCCAGACAGAGACAGGAGGCCGAGGAGACGUAGUCCUGAUUACGGUGAUCGAGCUAGAUCCAUUUCCCGCAGUGAUUCCUCACGCUCACGUACUCCCAGAAGAGACCGACGGAGACGGAGAUCCGUUUCUUCCCACAGUUCAUCCCGUUCACCUGCUCCCAGGGACCGGCGCAGAAAAGACUCUUAUUCCAGAUCUCGUUCUAGGUCGCGUGAGCCGAAUGAUAGAAGCACCAGACGGAGAAGAUCUUCGCCUUAUUCUUCAAGAGCUGAUAAGAAAGAAUCCACCGCUGAUUUUGCAAAGGCCCGCAAGAACCGUGACGAUCGCCGCCUGAGUCGCAGCCGCAGCAGAAAUCGCGAUGAUACCCGCAGACGGCGGUACUCGAGGAGUAUCAGUCGCAACCGUAGCCGCAGCCGAGAACGAGGCCGUUCUCGCAGCAUCAGCUCCAGUCCGAGACGCCAUGAUUCCCGCAGUCGCAGCCGUAGCCACAACAGGGAAAGGAAGAGACGUCGCUCCCUCCAGCGAUAUGCUCCUGCCGCCCGCAGACGGCGUAACACCUCUUCUGUAUCCGUCCGUAGUGAAAAGCGACAGAGAAUGACUGAUCAGGAAGACAACUCCGCAAAGCGGUCGUCCCCACCACCUGAGAAGCCCAGCUCGUCAGAUCACGAGAUGAAGGAUCCUGAAGAGGUGGGUCAAUGA